AUGUCAUUGCAAAAGACCAUUCCCUCCAAUGUUAAAACCAGUUCUGAUGACGUUGUGGAUGCUGUGGUUGCCAGAGUGGUGCUCCCAGAUGUCGACUAUCUUACUGGUUGGCGGUUUGCAGCCGUUGGCAUCGCGAUCGUUUUGAGCAUUGCCCAAAACAGCAUGACUCUCAUUGUGGGACGAGCGAUUACUGGCUUGGGUGUCGCUGGUACAUUUGGUGGAUCUUAUAUUAUUAUAGGAGUCUCCGUUCCACCUGAGAAGCGCCCUGCGAUGACAGGAUUAAUGGGCUCAGCGUAUGCCAUUGCGUCCGUGAUAGGACCGUUGAUUGGAGGUGCUUUGACUGAUCGUGUCACUUGGCGUUGGUGCUUUUAUAUCAAUCUCCCCUGUGGUGCUCUCGCAGCAGCAUCAAUCGUCCUCUUUUUCAGGGUUCCCGACGCUAUUAAACCUACCGAAGCUACUAUCAAGGAGAAACUUCUACAGAUGGAUAUUCCUGGGUUUUUGUUCGUUACCGCGGCAGUCGUCUGCUACCUGCUUGCAAUGCAAUGGGGAGGUCCCCUUAAGAUCUGGAGCUCAUCUAGUGUUAUCGGGACGCUUGUCGGUUGUGUUGUAGUAUUUAUAGCGUUCCUGGCCAUCAAAUGGUACCAGGGUGAAAGGGCGCUCUUGCUACCCAACAUUAUGAAGAACCGAACCAUUGUACGUGGUUCAGCCUUCAGCUUUCUGAUUGCCGGCAAUUUCUAUAUUCUACUGUACUACCUCCCAAUCUAUUUCCAAGCAGUUCGAGGAACCGACGCGACAGAAUCAGGAAUACGAACGCUUCCAUUAAUUCUCGGCCUGACUCUAGUACAAAUCAUCAAGGGAAUUUCAGUUGGCGCCACCAAGCUCUUCAAUCCGUUUGUACUUUUAGGCGGAGCCCUCACGACCAUCGCCUCCGCGUUAAUGACGAAACUACAACCAGAUUCUCCAUCUACCGUUUGGAUAGGUUAUCAAGCCCUGGCAGGGGUUGGGCUUGGUCUUUGUUUCAAUGUCUACAUAAUAAUUGCUCAAAAUAUCGUCAAGCUUAACGAAGUCGCCACCGCAACCGCCAUACUUCUCUUCUUCCAAUCCCUUGGCGGAGCCCUCGUAGUAUCCGCAGCUCAAGCUCUCUUUCAGAACGAACUCAUUAACACCCUGCCCAUCACAAAUCCGACUUUAAACGCCGCCAGCAUAUUUAGUAUCGGGGCUUCUGAAAUCCAAAAAAGCCUCAGUAAGGAGGAAUUGCCCGGUAUUAAUGCAAGCUACAUGAAAGGAUUACACAUGGCUUUUGCUUUGGCAUGUCCUACGGCGAGUGCGGCGACAUUCGUUGCUGGGUGGCAAAAGUGGUUUAGGUUCAAAACACCCAGUGAUGCUCCCGAAGGAGCGGGGGAGGCUCAAGGUGAGAAUGGGGAGGAGAAGAUGCACUAA